AUCCAUCUUUCACUCCAUCCACCCCGGGCAAUUUAUUCCAGAAGUGUGGAUACGAUUCCUUUGCGAUCCCUGAAAGCGGACGAGAACCACAAGCCGCCCUCCCAAGCCUUGACCCAAACCAUCUUCACCCGAUCUCAAAGACCAUCCCGUCCAACGGACUCAAUUCUUUAUAACCAUGUCGGAUCCCGUCCAGAGAACUGCCUCUCCUUACACCGAUCCCAAAGUAAAAGGCCCAAAGUCUCAGAUUCUCGCAGAAGGAACCCAGGCAGAUUUACGCAAGAUGAUCGCUAGCAACGUUAACAAGACUCCUCUCCACCCUGGUGGUGUCGCUCCUCAUCAGGAGCACACUGAGCUUGAGGAGGAGCUCCACGAGACCGCACACAUUGACUACGACCGUGUCGCGAUUAUCCCCAACCCUUCGGUCCCCGCCCUCUACGAAGAUGCCCUUGUCUACGAGACCGGUUCCGCCAUCACAUCAAGUGGUGCUCUGACUGCCUACUCUGGAAAGAAGACCGGCCGUUCGCCUUUGGACAAGCGAAUUGUCGAGGAGGACAGCUCCAAGAACGACAUCUGGUGGGGUCCCGUUAACAAGCCUAUGUCACCCGAGGUCUGGAAGAUCAACCGCGAGCGUGCUAUCGACUACCUCAACACCAGGAACCGCAUCUACGUUGUUGACGGUUACGCCGGCUGGGAUGAGAAGUACCGUAUUCGCGUCCGUGUCAUCUGCGCCCGCGCCUACCAUGCUCUGUUCAUGAGAAACAUGCUCAUCCGCCCUCCUCGCGAGGAGCUGGAGCACUUCCACCCCGAUUACACCAUCUACAAUGCCGGCUCUUUCCCCGCCAACAGAUACACCGAGGGUAUGACCUCCGGCACUUCAGUCGCCAUUAACUUCGCCGAGAAGGAGAUGGUCAUCCUCGGUACCGAGUACGCUGGCGAGAUGAAGAAGGGCGUUUUCACUGUCCUCUUCUACGAGAUGCCUAUCAAGCACAACGUCCUCACUCUGCACUCAUCUGCCAACGAGGGCAAGAACGGCGAUGUCACCCUCUUCUUCGGUCUGUCAGGUACCGGCAAGACCACCCUGUCUGCCGACCCCCAGCGCGCCCUGAUCGGUGACGACGAGCACUGCUGGAGUGACCGCGGCGUCUUUAACAUUGAGGGCGGCUGCUACGCCAAGACCAUCGGCCUUUCCGCCGAGAAGGAGCCCGAUAUUUUCGGCGCCAUCCGCUUCGGAUCCGUCCUCGAGAACGUUGUCUUCGACCCCGAGACCCGUGCUGUCGACUACGACGACUGCACCUUGACAGAAAACACCCGCUGCGCCUACCCCAUCGAGUACAUCCAGAACGCCAAGAUUCCCUGCAUGUCAGAAUCUCACCCCACCAACAUCAUCCUUCUCACCUGCGAUGCCCGCGGUGUCCUGCCCCCCAUCUCCAAGCUCGACCGCGCCCAGACCAUGUUCCACUUCAUCUCUGGUUACACCUCCAAGAUGGCCGGAACCGAAGACGGUGUCACCGAGCCCCAGGCCACCUUCUCCUCCUGCUUCGCCCAGCCCUUCCUGGCCCUGCACCCCAUGCGCUACGCCAAGAUGCUUGCCGACAAGAUCGAGCACCACAACGCCAAUGCCUGGCUCCUCAACACCGGUUGGGUCGGUGCCGGUGCCGCCCAGGGAGGCAAGCGUUGCCCCCUCAAGUACACCCGCGCCAUCCUCGACGCCAUCCACUCCGGCGAGCUCGCCAAGGUCGAGUACGAGACCUACGAUGUCUUCAACCUCCAGGUCCCCAAGACCUGCCCUGGCGUUCCCGACGAGCUCCUCAACCCCAAGGCCGCCUGGACUGCCGGCAACGACAGCUUCAACACCGAGGUCAAGAAGCUCGGUACCCUCUUCAACGAGAACUUCAAGAAGUACGCUAGCGAAGCGACCGAGGAGGUCGUCAAGGCCGGCCCCGUCGUUUAAAGCGCAAGCAUGCUCUGAGUUGAUUAGCGAUCAUAUUUAUGGAU